AUGAAUAACAAAUAUUCUCAAUUAGAAAUGUUACCAAAUGAAACAUUAAUUGAAAUAUUUCAAUAUCUUGAUAUAGAAAAACUUUUUCGAGCAUUUGAUAAUCUUAAUUUUCGUUUUAAUAAACUUCUUCGAACUUUGAAUAAUCUUGUUUAUUGUCUUUGGGAUGACAAUUAUAUUAAAAUGAAUAAUUUUAUUUCUUAUAUCGAUGUUCUUAGUAUUAAUUGUCGAAUCAAUAUUAAUUUUAAUCAUUUUACAAAUAUUCGUUGUUUAAAACUUAUAUCAUUGACAGAUGAAUUACUUGUACAACUCAAAACUUCUAUUCUACCUUGUAUAGAAUAUUUAUUUAUUAAACAAUUAAAUUGUCACUCUCCAGAUAUAUUUUAUGACAAAAUUUUUACUAAUACUUUUCCUCAUUUAAAAUCUUGUUAUGUAUGCCACAAGAGUAAAAUAAUCGUAAAAGAAUGGUUCGUAUGUCUUCCUGUUCUAUGCAACUUGAAAGUUGGUAUCAUUAAUCUAUCUACCUAUGUAACUAUUCUAUCCAAAUGUCCUAAUUUGAAUAUUUUCAAAUUUCAAUUAGAAUCGAGUGAAACAUCCAUUGUUGAUAAACCACAUGUUAAUCUCAAACAAAUGACAAUAAAAUUUGAAGAUAUUAAUCUACUAAAAUAUGAUUCAAUGAUUAAUACUUGUCUGUCAUAUGUAUCUAAUCUUGAACGACUUAGUAUUUAUCAAGAUUUUUUUAAAGUAAAUAUUCUACAUUAUUUAACAACGGAUUGGCAUGCAUCAUCAAUUGCGAAUUAUUUAUCAUUACUUCGUCGAUUUGAUUAUUAUUUUAAAGUUUGGUAUCUUAUUGGAAUUGAUACACAAGUUAUAAAUACUUUUGAUGAAAUGAAAAGAAAUUUUAAAUCUAGUCAUAAUGAUCGAUAUCAAUCAAAAUUUCAUUUAAAUUUAACAUGUUAA